AUGGCGGAUCUCGCAGCCAGCGGGGAACUGAACCAGCCCAUCCUCAACCUCACCCCCGAGGAGAAGCGCACCUUCCAGUAUCUCUUCCAGCAGGCCGACACAGAGAAGCUCGGCGUAAUCACAGGCGAGAUCGCCGUCAAGUUCUUCGAGCGCACAAAGCUCGCGCCUGCUGUCUUGGGCGAGAUAUGGCAGAUCGCAGACACGGAGAACCGCGGUCUCUUGACCAUGGCCGGCUUCUGCCAGGUCCUGCGUCUCAUCGGCCACUACCAGGCCGGCCGUGAUCCUGCCCCAGAGCUUGCAUUUAGGCCUGCGCCGCUGCCCAAGUUCGAAGGCCUGACCAUCCCAGCCGCACCCGCUCCUGCACCCAGCUUCUCGCCACAACCCACGGGCUCAAUACAACCUCAGGUCAGCGGUAGUGGACCCAUUCGCGUGCCUCCCCUACUUCCCGCCAAAGCCGCUGAAUAUGCUGGCUUGUUUGAAAAGUCGGGCGCCGUCAAUGGCGUGCUGUCUGGCGAGAAUGCAAAAGAAAUCUUCGAGAAGGCCAGACUGCCCAACGAGGUCCUGGGUCGCAUAUGGAACCUCUCAGACACCGAGCAGCGCGGCGCGCUCAAUGUGACUGAAUUUAUCAUUGCCAUGCACCUGCUAGCCUCAUAUAGGACCGGUAAUCUCAAGGCUCUACCGACCACCUUACCACCUGGCUUGUACGAAGCGGCGUCACGGCGAGGACAACUGCCGCCACCACCUGGCCGGCCAGAUCAAUCUGGCUCCCGACAAUUCAGCGGUCAAUCAAGCGCUCCUCGAACCCAGAGCCCUCUCGGACGAUCACCGUUUGGCGCACCACCUCAGUCAGUGCAAGCGACUGGUAGCGAUUGGCUGAUCAGCCCUCAAGAGAAGGCCUCCUAUGACAACCUAUUCAAGGGUGUUGAUACGAUGGGUCGUGGCUUCAUAACCGGAGAUCAGGCUGUGCGAUUCUUCAGUGACUCAGGCCUACCGGAAGAUGUACUAGCUGGUAUCUGGGAUCUUGCGGAUAUCAAUUCCGAGGGCCAAUUGUCCAAGGAUGAGUUUGCGGUAGCCAUGUACUUGAUCCGACAGCAGAGGAAGGGUGACCAACUACCAACGACGCUACCGCCCAGUCUGAUACCCCCAAGCUUGCGCACAACAGCAAACCAAGCUGUACCAAUUGUAUCGCCACAACCGGCGCCACCCGUUCCCCGUGUUACAAAGUCUGCUGCAGAUGAUCUGUUCGGUUUGGAUGCUUUCGGGUCGCCCCCUCCCGCGCCUCAGCAGGUACAACAGUCGACAGGUGGAUCUGGUACUUUUAACAAGCCAUUCGAUAACGACCCCUUUUCAAGUAAGGCGGCUUCGCCCACCUCGCCACAUCCCUUCCAACCAGCGCCACGCAACCCUGCUUCGACUUUCAAGCCAUUCAUGCCAAGCUCGUCCUUUGGCCAGACCCUCACCUCGCAUUCCACUGGCCAGUCGGGCACUUCAGGUGUCCAAUCUCGCGCGAACCCACCAUCAGCUAUGGAUGACUUGUUAGGUGGAGAGACUGAUGCUGAGAUUAACAAGAAGCUUACACAAGACUCGACCGACCUGGCCAACAUGUCUAACCAGAUGACUACGUUGCGGAACCAGAUGCAAGAAGUGCAGAACAAGAAGACUGCGACAGAGAGCGAUCUGAACAGUGUGAACACCCAGAAGCGUGAUCUUGAGCUUCGCCUCUCGCAGUUCAAGAGCCAGUACGACCAGGAGAUGAAAGCGGUCAAGGCUCUAGAGGACCGACUAGUCGCGUCACGGAACGAGACCCGAAAGCUGCAGAAUGAUCUUGCAAUGAUUGAGGGCUCUUAUCAAGACCUUCAGACACAACACCGUCAAGUCGGUGGCCAAUUGGAAGCUGACCAACGAGAAAACAGCAACCUAAAGGAGCGCAUUCGCCAGCUCAACGCCGAGAUUGCACAACUGCGACCACAGCUUGACAAGAUGAGGAACGAUGCUCGGCAGCAGAAGGGCAUGGUUGCAAUCAAUAAGAAACAGCUUGCUACAAAUGAGGGCGAGCGAGACAAGCUGAAGAAUGAAAUGAAUGACUUGGCAAAAGCCCAAGAAGAAGGCUUCCGCAGCCCGCAGAUACAGACACCGGCAGUCGUCAGCCCUGCUGCUUCUACAACGAGCCAAAGUACCAACCCAUUCUUCCGCAAAUCGCCUGCGCCAGUCGCGGAGAACACAAUGACGCCAUCUGGCUUUGCGCGCGACGGCCCCCAUAAGGAUUUCGAUAGCGUCUUUGGAUCUUUUGCGGCGCCCCAGAACAACGCACCGCCCGUUUCGUUCCGCUCUGACAGCCAAGGCCAGGUUCCCCAUUUCUCAGCUCCGUCUGGCCAGUCUGUUCGUUCCUCUGAGGGACCCGAUGUGCCUACGCCGUCCACCUCGCCUCCGCUUUCCUCUUACCAAGAGUCUCCACGUGUCGCUGACCCACCUGCACCUCCCGAGUCUCGUCAGUUUGGUUCGUCAUUCUUGCCCCUGAGAGACGCCGGCCCACGGUCCGAUUCUUUCAGCUCAUCUGUGAGGGGCGGAGCGUCUGCUAGCAGAUAUGGUGGACAAGCUGUACCCGGCAAUGUGACGCCGACCAUCUCUCAAGCAUCUCCCGCCAGCACCCCGAUCCCAGAGAAACCUCUGGAACGAUCUGAUACUAACAGAACCGAGACUGACAACUUCAAUUCUUCCUUGUACAACAGGAAUUUCUCAGCAUCGCCUGUAGCUAGCGUCACGAGCGAUACGCAACGCUCGACUACAAAGGCUGAAGAACGUAAGGAUCCCUAUGCAAGUUUUGGAAUCCCCUCAGUUACUCAGGAAAUCCCAGGAGCGUUCCCACGCGAGUCUGCCACACCUCUCCAGCCAACGCAAACAGGGGAGAGCGCUCUGAGUGGGCAGAGUAGAAACACCAACCGCGGCGAUCCUUUUGGUAGCACUUCUGGUGAUCAGACUCGUGGCGGAGGCAAGGAUGACUUCGAUGCGGCUUUCGCUGGCUUCGGCCCCAGUCGUCAAGCCACCACCACUGCAUCCAAUGCCAGUGCGCCCGCCGAAGGCUCCAAUCGAUUCAACAAGGAGUUCCCUCCAAUUGAGGAUCUAGCUCAUGAUGACGACAGUGAUAGUAACGAUGGGCGUGGCUUUGAAGACGACUUUACAUCUGCUUCGCCUGAUCAAAAGCGCUCAAGUGCCGGCCAGGAGCAGCAAAAUCAGCAACAGCACCAGCAGCAGCCAAGGCCGGGCACUGCGUCAAGCGAUGAGCUCUAUCGGGCCCCUCCCCCAACAACCCGUCUUGAUUCUAAUGUUGGUGGCCUACCUUCAGCAAAUGCGCAAAAGUCGCCGCCGACAUACGAGUCGUCUGUCAACCAGACCAGAAGUGGAUCAAACCAGUUUCCUCCUGAGUUUGGUGGCCUCCUUCCUUCGCGUGAUGUCCCAGGGUCGCCGACUACUUCGCAGGGUCCUGAGAAGUCGUUUAUCAACCCCGGUGGUCAUGGAGCUGCUCUGUUUGGCGGGUCUUCGUCCAAGACUGCAACGUCGCCUCCACCGACAGACACUCCGUCAUCGACUGUUCCAUCUGAUGCUUACCACUCGGCCGUGUCGUAUGGAAGCAGUGAAACGAACAAGGGUCCUUCCCCACCAGCCAAUCUGCCUCAGCUUGGCAAGUCUGCCUUCAACGAUGAUUUCGACGCUGGCUUUGACGACCUCGCCGAUGCCAAGGAAGUAGAUGACCGAGCCGAUGACGACUUCAUCUUCUCGUCGCAACACCGCGACGGCCUCGAUGAAUUUAACCCCGUCUUCGACUCGCCCGCAGCCUCCAAAUCCAACACCAUGGCCUCGCAACAAACUCCCACUGGCAAGCGUGGCGACGACAGCUUCAGCGACUUCGAGCAUAUGUCCCAAAGCUUCGGCCAAACCCAGCAACCCCAGCCCACGGCCUCGUCUUCGCAAGACUGGGACGCCAUCUUCUCCAACCUCGAGUCGUCGCAGCCUGACAAGGCUGGGCACUCGCAACAGGCGCCUACGGAUUUCAGCCAAUCGGUCUUUGACACAUUGGACAAUGAUGAGAAUGUGGCGUCGUCUUCGACUUUGUCGCCCUCGAUGCCGGCAUUGGGUCGCGCGAUUAGCUCGGGGACGGAGCACGACGACCCGAUUUUGAAGAAGUUGACGGGCAUGGGGUAUAAUCGGAAUGAUGCGUUGAGUGCGUUGGAGCAAUUUGAUUAUGAUAUUAAUAAGGCUGCGGAUCACCUUGCGUCCGGUGGGAAGUAG